GGCGGACGAACUUCAGUAAACAUAUGUUGUUGUGAUUUUGACUUAAAUUUAUCGUUAUGGCAAGCAUAAACAAGAGAGAUCUUGAUGAAUUAAAAACUUGGGUUGAAAGCAGCGUCAAGAAACGUUUGGGCUUCAAUGAAAAGUCAGUUGUGAAGGCAGCAUUGGAUUGUGUAUCUAUGAACUUGGGUAAAAAGUCGUCUGUAAGAGAACUAGAAACGUUCCUGGACGACCUUGCUCCCCAAUUUGUUGAAGAUUUGUUUGACAAAGUAGAAGAAAUAAAGAAUAUAAGGUCUUCGAGCUCGCACAGAAGUUCAAACUCUAGAAAACGUACUUUAGAAGAUGUUUUUGGCGAAGAUAACGAGGAUAACUCAACGACUACUACUUCAAAUGUCAAACGUAAACAGAGUAGAUUUGAUGCGUUAAAGGAAGACAACGACCCUCUCCCACCGGCUAUUCCUGAGCAUGAUGAAGGUCCUGCGCACUUGAAUAGCAGUCAAAUAUCGGAAAUGGUGGCAAAUAUGAAAAAACAGAUUGAGGAACGAAAGAGGCAGUUGCAGGUUAUGGGUCAAGCCAGGAUGGGAGUAUCAGGUGUUCCUCAAGUUAUGUCUUCCCAAAUACCAGGAAUGCACCCUGCAAUGCCAAGCAUGGAACAGCAACAACAAGUGAUGUAUGAUGCCAUUGAAAAAGCAAAACGAGCUGCUGAGCUACAGAAGAAGAUACAGGAACAACUUGCCAGUAAACCUAACUUAUUUGGAAAUGCCCAGCUUACAAGUGCCGGGGCAUCUCUGGUGAAGUCUGGCAUGAUCAACUUAACGUCAGUCAAAGAUGAAAAGCCAAGCCCACUUAUACUUGAUGACAAAGGACGGACUGUUGAUUCGUCAGGCAAAGCUGUUCAGUUAAGCAGCAGAAUGCCAACCCUUAAAGCUAAUAUUCGUGCCAAGAAAAGAGAGCAGUUCAAGGUUGAAAAGCCGUCAGAGGAUCUCACAGAGACAACCUACUUUGACCACAGAGUUGCUGUUCCAUCAGCUACCAGAAACAAGAGGACAUUUAAGUUUCAUGAAAAGGGCAAAUUUCAAGAAAUUGCACAGAGAAUAAGAGCAAAGACACAACUAGAGAAGCUCCAAAAGCAAAUCGCAGCUGUGGCCAAGAGAACAGGCAUUUCAUCUGCUACUAAACUGGCCUUGAUAGCACCAACUAAAGACAUCCAGGAAGGGCAGGUACCAGAUAUGGAAUGGUGGGACCAGGUCAUAUUGAAAUCUGGAAAGUACGGUGAAAACAUUAGCACUCAGCAGCUUCAAGGAAUUACUCAAUUGGUGGAGCACCCAGUGCAGAAACAUCCUCCAGCGGAACCGAAGGAAGUUCCAACAAUCCCGAUCAUGCUGACUAAAAAAGAACGAAAGAAAAUUAGAACACAGCGUAGAAGGGAAGCUGAAAAAGAAAAAACUGAAAAGAUCAGAUUGGGCUUGGAACCUCCCCCGCCUCCAAAAGUAAAGAUAUCAAACUUGAUGAGAGUUCUUGGAARUGAAGCUGUACAAGAUCCUACAAAAGUUGAAGCUCAUGUGAGAGCUCAGAUGGCACAGCGGCAAAAAGCUCACGAAGCCGCAAAUGCUGCCCGUAAGUUGACACCAGAGGCACGCCGAGAUAAAAACAUCAAGAAAAUAAAAGAAGAUACAUCCCUUGGUGUACAUGUAGCUGUAUUUAGAAUAGAUGACCUUCAUGAUCCCCAGAAAAAAUACAAAGUGGAUAUCAACGCACAGCAGUAUUAUUUAACAGGUUGUGUUGUUAUCUACAAAGAGUUAAAUCUAGCAAUCGUUGAAGGUGGACCAAAGGCAAUCAAGAAAUACAAACAACUCAUGCUUCAUCGCAUUAAAUGGACUGAAGGAAAGAACAAGAAACCAGCUGACGAUGAAGAAGAAAGAAGACCAAAUACUUGCGUGCUUGUUUGGGAGGGCACAACUAAAGAGCGAAACUUCAGCGACUGGAAAUUCAAGCAAUGCACUACAGAAAUUAUGGCCAGAGAACACCUAAAGAAAUAUGGUGUUGAACAUUUCUGGGAUCUUGCUCGAAGAGAGUCGUUACUUGAAGGCGCCGAUGAUUCUUAGUGCUCGUAAAAAAACCGCAACUAAACUUAUUUCAGAAAAAAGAUUAACUUGCUCGUAUCGAGAAACAUAUAUUUUUCAUAUAAUGUGACGUCAUAAGCAGAGAAGCUAUGCAAACUGUACGACAGUAAAGGAGAAUGUGUAAUGCGCAUUGUAAUAUGAAUUUUUGAAAGAAAGACACAGUGGGCAGUUGUCGACAAACAUUUGACGGAACUUCUCAAAUAAUAUGAACUAGUUUUUUGUCGUUUUCGUCCACUAAAGCACCUUCAUUAUUUCAAAGUAGUCUGUUAUCAUCUUUCCCUGGUUGAUUGAACUGCAUUCUUUAAUAACGGCAUACUCUUAAAUCAAAGCAAUAAACUCUUGAUUUACCAUG